AUGUCGCGUUUGAUUUUGACGGACUACGAAAUAUCUAUGAAAACGGGAUUCAUCCUUGAAUCCCCCCUGAGGCGCCUCCCGCCCUACUUCGACCCUUGGAACAAGAUAGCCCUCAGUCUGGUUAAGCACAUUGAAAAUGGGACUUUAAGGACUGAAAUUCCAAAGCUUCCUGUGCUAGACGUGAGUUGUCUGUCUGGAGAAAAGGAGAUCAAGUUGGCCCAUUUGCAACUGGUCAUUAUGACAUCUGGCUAUCUCUGGAUGGACCCCAGUGACGUGCCAAAGGUACUUCCUCGGCCUCUUGCUGUGCCGCUGUAUGCAAUGUAUGAAAAGUAUGACCUGGCGCCUGUCAUCACGUACGCCGACUUGUUCCUCUGCAACACGGUCUUCAAAGACCCAAACAGACCAGCGUCUAUAGAGAACUUGGCGGCUAUAAUCGACGUUCCUGGAAAGUCGGAGUGGGACUGGUUUUUCGCCGUGGGCACAAUGGUGGAGCAAGACUUUGCUGCAGCAAUGCAGUCAUUUCAGAACGUCCUUGACGGCAUUGAUGAAGGUGACCAAAACAAGAUGGCGUUAUCCCUGAACCAGCUGGCGGAGGCCGUACUCAACAUGAAGGCCACUGAGACACGGGUACAUGGUAUGUAA